AUGGCGUCCGUCGUGCCGAAUGGUCCGCAGAAACGCGCUCGAAUUGCGUGCGUGCAAUGCCGAGAAAUGAAGCGAAAAUGUGAUGGAACUCAUCCGUGCGACACCUGCCGCCGAUAUGGUCACGAAUGCCGCUUCGCCGCCCGUACACAACUACCAGAGCCCAAAUCACCACCAGCAAGGCGAAUUCCCCUCCCGGCACACAUUCCGCCCAAGACAGCCCGCCAACGCUCCAUCGUAGCAAACUCAGGCCAAGGCUUCAUCCGACAGGUCGUCAAAAACAUCGAUCCCGUCAACGCACCACGACUCCGACUCGUAGCUUGGAACUGUGGCACACGCGCCGAAGUCGCGAUGCCGUUCAUUGCGACAGCCAUCACAGACUUACUCAGCCAGGAACAAAUGACCAACCUCGCUAUGGCAUACUUUGAGAAGGUGGACCCUUGCUACGCUUUCGUUGAGCGUGAUCGUGUAUUCAUGGAAAUCGGACAACGAUGGCAGCAGCCCAUUCCUCCUCGAGACGUCGAUGCAAUGCUUUGCGGCAUCGCCGCGCUAGGAUCGUACUUCUCAAAAGCCCACACCGUGGCUGUAGAGCGACACUUGGUUAAGCUCGCGAAGACAAUUCUUGACGAUCUUGAUGUACCGACCGAGCCGGACCUCUACACGCUCACAGCCUGGGUUUGCCGAGUUGUCUACGUCAGGGCUGCGUGCGAACCACUCACAGCAUACAUGGCCAGCUGCUCAGCUAUGCAUCAGAUGGAAAUAGCCGGUGUGCAUCAUGGAUCUCGACCAGAGAAAGGCAUUUUCGAGCUACCGAAGAAGAUAGAUUGCCCUCCGCAAAUACUCCGCCGGCUUUUCGGAGUCGCUCAGCACCUCAACACUUGGAUCUCAUAUGACGUCGGUCUGUCACGGGUGUCACUCACCGCGCCAGAUAUACCGAUGGAGCCUGAGCCGCCCGGCCAGUACAGCGAUAAGCUACUCCAACUUCUGCCCGACACGCUCAGCCUUGAUCCGCUGGACACCCAGGACGAGGAUAUGCUCCGGGCUGCUCUUGAGACCCUUCUCACCAAACGCGACACCCAAGGUCCUCUCGUUAUGGCUCAAGCCAACCUCUUGCUGACCAUCCUCCGACGGUUGGGAAGUCUACGAAUCGGCGAAGAUCCGCUACUUGAGCCAUCGUUGAGAUUCUUGACCAAGAGUCUUGCUGCCGCACGAAAGAUGAACGAAGACGACGAGCCCUGGCACCACUUGGCGAACGUUCCCUUCCAGAUCUUCUGUAUGCUCCUUGCGAUCGACACGCCAGCCAGUCUCCGCAUGGUCGACGACGCAGUGCAGACCAUCAUCGCCAUCACCAAAUCAUACAACACGACCACCCUGCGGGAAGCCGCCAAUACCAUGUACUUGAUUUUGUCCCUCCAUAAGAAGCGUCGCCGUGCUGAUGCGCAGAUCAUGGAGAGCAUACUUGCGACGCCACUGGAUCUGGGAGUGGCGAACAACGAGAAUAUGGCCGAGACUUUCACAUGGCCAAUGCCGAACGAGAAUGAGGUAGGCUGGCUCCACUCGCUGAUGGCAGAGUUUCCUACACUCCAGAAUAUGGAAUACGGAGACAUGGUCAGCUCAUCCUGGGAUUCUGCAGACGGUAUGACUUGA